AUGGAGGAAGUGGAAAAUGUCAUUUCCUCUCCAAGGAAAUUAUGGGGAGAGGAGUGUGAAUUGGAUGUGGGUGAAUUGCAGGAAGGGAGUAUUAAGGUUGCAAAUGUACAUGUAGAGGAGAAUGGGGCUUUGCACAUAGUAGUAAACCAAAAUUCUGUUCGAGAAUUGGAGAUGGAGGGGGUUGAUGUUGAUGGAGAAAAGGACUUAGGAGGAAAUCCUGGUCCAUCAGGAGGUGGAAUGGUUUUGCCAAAUUCAAAAGGGCUGGUUCUUCUGGCUCAAUCAUGUUAUUAUGGACAAGGGUCUAAUAUGACUGCAGAGUGUCUAGCCUUACUGGAUGGCAGUGUUUUAAAACCCGGUGACAGGAUGGCCAAGCAAGACAAGAAAAAGAAGCCCCGUGGCCGUACUCACAAGCACAUGCAGUACAAUCGCCGCUUCGUAACCGCCGUUGUUGGCUUUGGGAAGAAGAGGGGACCAAACUCAUCAGAGAAGUAA